GUUUUAUCGGUUAUUUUUAGCUUGCGAUGAAGUCGAAAGCGGGAUUCGGGGCGGCAAAGCCGCUGCCAGGACAGCAAGGCUACAAGGCGAAGGAGUCCCAACGCCUAGAAGCCGAUGCGCAGCGCAUGGAGGAAGACCUUCUUCGCGUGCGCGAGCGCAUGGCGCUUGAGGUGCAGCAACGAGAAAAAGGCAAGGCCAAGAUGAAGGACGGUAAUCGCUGGCGCAGCGCGCGAGAAGACCGCGGAAGCGUGCGAAAGUAUGCACAAGACGUCCGUGAUCGACCAGUUGGCGAGAAGCGCAAGACGAAGAGCCACGCCCCACCGCCGGGCCCUCGGCUAGACGAGUGGACCGUCGCCCAAGUUCUCGAGUGGCUUAGCUGCGUCGGCCUCGGCCACCAUACGUCAACGUUCGAAUUCAACGAGGUGUCAGGCUCGGUGCUCAUGGAGAUCACACCAUCCGACUUGGACUACCUGCAAAUCACCGACGCGACGGAGCGCAAGGCGAUCUUUCACCAAAUCGAACAACUGCGACGCACCUCGGGGCCACUGCCUGUGGUCAAGGUGCCACUACCCGCAAAUGUCGUGGACGAUAAGCUUCACGACGCCAAGUUUCUUCCACUCGCCGCCGCCAAGAAAACGAGACACUGGUCGCAGUUGGCGCCCAUCGCUGACAACCCAGUCGUGGGGGCGCCAGGGGCACCAGUCAACCUGGCCGACGGUGACUUCAACGAAGCUGACAGUCACGAUUCAUUUUUGAAAGCGCUCCUGGAAUGGCGCACCACGGAUGCACAGCCUGAGCAUGAUGACAAUGGGUUCUGGUCCAACCCACUUGGACACGACACUGGGGGUGGUGCGCUUCUCAGCGGCCAGUUUGAUGAAGAGCAGAGUCACGCAGCUUUUCUUGAUGCGUUAGCUGCGUGGCGCCGCAAGCCCACGGACAACUACAGCCGUGGCCAAGCUCCCAAGGAAACGACGCAAAGCAGCACGGCGGGUAGUCCCAUCGAACCCAAGCGAAGCUGCUGGCAGUGCUACGGUCUCUUCAAAACGUCGCAAGUGGUCCUGGACGCGUCGUCGCGCAAGGAGUUUUGUUCUGACCAAUGCAGAGACCGGUUCCGAGUCGAGUACGCACGGUUCUAUGCGCCUUCUUCGCUCACCGGCAGCGAUUCGCACCGUCAAUAAAUUCGUCAUGUUCCUCGCCCGUGCUGCUGAAGUGCGACAGUAGUAAGGCAGUAUUAAAAGUCUAAGCUGCGUGUAAUAGAAUAGGGAGCAAUUUUUCGUGUGUG